AUGGGAUCGAAAAGAAAGAAACAGGAGAAAAAGAAGGAUUUCCAAAAGGCAAAGCUUAAGGUCGGUAAGACCGCCAAAAAGCCGGAUAACUAUACCGACACAUCUUUCACCGCCAAGGCCAUCUCGUUGCCUAACCAAUCUGUCACCAAGAAGACCACUACCAGCUCAGGCCCCGUGGACUUGAGCCAUCACAUCUCGUUAACGAAGCAUCAUAGUGCUCAAACAAGGAAAGAAGUGCUUGGAUUCAUCGAAAACCAUCUCCCGUCUAAUCCUUCCUUGUACAAGCAGAUUAUUACCGCAACUGUUCCACUCAUCACAGACCUGAACCAGGGAGUUAGACUGGCACUCAUAUCAUUGAUCAGAGCUUGUGCUAAUAAACAAAGUGGGUUAUUAGAAUUGCAUAUGAGAGCGAUAGUUCUCUUCUUGAACUCUGCCAUGACGCAUAUUCAACCAGAUAUUAGAGCAUCUUCAACGUCAUUACUAGCCGUGCUAGUAGAUUUGGCUCCUGAGCCACUCGUGAAAGGGUACUUUGUGAAGAUAAUGAAAAGUUACUUUUCACUCAUGUCAUGGCCCUUAACUGGUGACCGUAAGGCUGUCUCACUUGCAGUUAACUCCAAUGGCUCCCUUGGAGGAGGGAAAAAGUCGAGAGCACAGCACAUAAAAGUUCUUGCCCAGUUCCUUGACGCUGCCUUGAGCGACGAGGCGGUGAAAAAGUCUGCAUUUUUGACCGAUUGGUCAGAUGUCAUCUUGCCUCAUCCACUGACUCCAAACCUCUUGCUUCCUCAAACUCCACAAGCAUUCGCUCAUUAUAAAUUCUUUGUCGAUGAACUCCCGUCUUCUACUUCCGCCUCAGUCUCCAAAAAUACAGAGGAUGGUGUUUACUCUCUACGAGAGGCUGAAUCGAUGUCUACUAAUGAUAUCCAGACAAGACAAAAGAUCAUGAAUGAUGUAUUUGCAGAGGGUGUGUUGAAGAACCUCCAGAACGCUGUCAAAGAAGGAGGUGAGAUUGGUGCUGAAGCUAAUGGAUGUAUCGCUACCAUUGAAAAACUCAAGGCAUCAUUAGAAUCAAAAAAGGAGGAUAAUUAA